AUGAAGUGGCCAUUAUUUUUCACGAUCCUCCUGUUGUUUCUGUACUGCAGUGAGACAUUAGCUGCUCCGGCAGUAGAGUUUCAGCGCCGAGGGCCGGACGCCGUUGCGACUACCGAUAAAAGUGAAGAACAGAGCGCGACCAAAACUGCAACAGACGAUGGAUCAGCCCAGACAUCCACUUCAACCGCGACGGACGCGAAUGAAGCCAAGACAACCAUAUCCAAGGCCGCUCACACGGCCUCUACUACUACAACUAGCGAUGCCACAACUGUUGCGACUACCGUUCCAUCGCUAGAUACCUCUGCCGCAUCUGGCGGCUCAUCAUCACAAAAUUCAACAAAGUCGAUAUAUACUGGAGGACUCCCGCUUCAACCCGACCUCAGCCCAGCGUUAGGAGUGGGUGGAUUCAUUCUGUUGAUAUCCGGGGCAGCUCUGGCCCUGAUAGGAAUCCGGAAAAGAUGGCUUUAUAUCUCUUUAUCCACAGCAUUCCUCGCAGCAUUGGGUGUGAUAGUUCUGAUCGAAUAUGUGAUGAACCCCCCUGUCACUAAUGCAGUACAGGGUGGAUAUCUUGUUGCUGUAGUUGUCACUGGAGCUGUGUUUGGAGGACUAGCUCUGGUUUUCAAAGAAAUCACCGAAGGACUUUGCUGUCUAUUAGGCGGUUUCUGCAUUGGAAUGUGGCUGAUGACUGUCAAAGCCGGAGGUCUCGUCACCGAGAGCGGAGCAAAAGUUGGAUUCAUCAUCGCAUUUUCUGCUGGGUUCUAUUGCCUAUCCUUCAGUCAUUAUACUCGCUCGUAUGGGUCUAUGGUCUGCACUUCUUUUGGAGGCGCCACUGCCUUGGUACUCGGUAUUGAUUGUUUCAGUCGGGCAGGCCUCAAGGAAUUCUGGCUCUAUGUCUGGGGACUGAAUGACAACAUGUUCCCGCUGAACACCAACACUUAUCCUGUUACGCGUAAUAUUCGUGUCGAACUUGCUAUCACAAUCAUUGUGACUGUAUUCGGUGUCAUUGCUCAGAUGCGACUAUGGAAGGUGAUCAAAGAGCGCAGAGCAAACGAAGCAAGUUCUCGCGAGGAGGAAGAGAAAAAGAAAGAGGAGGCCGAGGCGGAAGUCGGCCGACAGCUCGAGAAGAAGAACCAGCAGGAGCGUGCUGAAUGGGAACGGAUGUAUGGCAAUGGCAGCGCCAAGGAGCCCUCGAUGACCGAAACUGCGGUGGCUGAUGACUCAAGAAGAGGAUCGGACGGCUUCAACUCCUCAAAUAAUGAGACUGCACAUUCCAUCGAGAUGAAAGAAAUGGCGAGUCCCGAUGCCCAAGGCGGUACUUCUGACUGCGGCAACACGCUUGAUGCAGUGGAAGAAGUCACCCCGGAAGGCGCUGAAGAGGAAGAAAGUCCAAGCUGCGGUCAAAGCCACCACACGCCGGAUGAUCAAGAUGAACGUGAGCCUGAUUCGCACUCGAACACUGAUAUAUCGCGACCUGCCACUCCGCCCCCCGAAAAGGCUUUCCAUGUGAAUACGAAUGUACGCGACGAUACCUCUGAGAAUGGUGCUAUUAUGGGCUCCGAGGCUGGUACGCCUCGAUCAAAACGCUUUUCUGGAAUGUCAUUCAAGAAUCGUCUGUCAUGGCGCAGUGGCAAUGGGACGAAGCUCAAUCACCAAUCAGACUCCGAAGAGGCUCUGGUUGCUCACGAUGAUGCUACUUCCUCCGUGGCUGGAGUUGUCGAUGACAUUCAAACACUGAGCUCCCGUCGGUCAAGUAUCGCAUCUGAAACCCACAAGGAGACAGAUGAUGCAACGCAGCAGAGCGAGUCAACUGUGAAGGCGCUACCUCAGAAAAACAUUCUUCAAGAAGCGGAAGGGAAUCACCUCAACUCCCAGCCAGAAAAAGCAGCGAAGUCAAUUGUUGCUGUAGAUUCAUCAGAAAGCCGCCCAGAGGACGAAAGCGUUCUUGUCUUACCACAGACCAACGACGCGCAAAAGUCCACCGAGAAACCUGUUUCGGAUAAGAAAACAACACACCCCCCCAAAGCAAAGGAUCUCCCGACAAAGCAACCCGAGCUAGCAGCAACGGUCGAGCCAUCAGAUAUACCCAAAGUAACGGAGAAGGCCGAGACAGCAGGGAAAAUUGAAGAAGUUCAAAAAGACAGGACGGAGAUUGAGAAGACAGAGACACCUGCCGAAAAGCCUAAGUCUCAGAAUAAAUUGAAGGAGAUUUCCCUGGAAAAGCAAUCAAAGUCUCCUCCAGGACCUGUCGAAAAGCCCGAAGAAAUUCCCGAGCUUCGAGAACCCGAGACCGAAACGAAACCUGAACCCAAGCCUAAACCGCAACCGAUACCCAUCAGGAAGCCAGUAAAACCAAAGCUGGAUACUUCGACGGUCAACCGUAUCCCGGAACAAACUUCAAAGGUUAUCCAUACAUUCCGUACAAACGAGUGGGCCAAACAUCUGGCAGAUGCCGAAACGCCUGACCUUGAGCCUCUUGAAUUUGAGCCUGAGCCAAUCGAACCUACGAAGGCUGAUGAAGCUGCUGCUCCAGUCAAAGUGGAUGAGCUGCUUCAGACGCCACUUAAUGCCCAGCCUCCCCCAGCAGUGACCAGCCCCAUGGAAAGCUCAACAAGUCCCGAUGAAGCCCGCCGACGAUCCCGUCUCUCAAUGGCCCCUGUCACCGACGUGCCUCGAUCAAAGACCAGAAACAGCACUCACGCAAUGUCUGGAGCAAAAUUACCAAUUAUGUCUCGGAAUAUUUCAUCGUCGUCUUUGGUCGCGCAGCAACUCGCAGCAGACGACGGUCAUGGUCCUCUCAGAAGUCCCUCGGCACCACUACUGACUCUUUCUACGCUCAAUACCGGACAUGAUAAUGACAAGGAGCAAAUAGAAUCACCUCGUUGGAAUGGGCCACCACCUCUUCUUGCCGUGCGUGAGGAUAUGGUGCGCAACCGAAUGUCCUCAACCUCAUUACGAUAUGACCCAUGGGGAUCCCGAAACGCUUCUCGACAGUCCUUGGUUGACCCAGCUCGAGUCAUGUCACCAACCUUGUCCAUUCCCGAUGAAGGAGACGAGGAGCCCACGGGGAUGACCACACCAAUUCACGACGAUGACGACGUUCCACUCUCCAAGCGCCGUGCCAUGCUCCAGCGUCAGACCAUGGAGUCGCCAUCAACGACAAGCCUCCAAGGCUUUGACCGAGCCCGAUCGCCUCCGGCUGCUUCAACAAAUCCCGGAAAGCCAGCCGCUGCAAUGGCAGCAUGGCGCCAAUCGAUGCGAGAAGACAUCUCGUCAAGACGUGAUCCACUAACACUCAAUUCAUCACCAACGAGCCCCGAGAGACCACAAAGCCUCUGGGGGUCUGUACAGCAGAUGAAGGACGCCUCAAACACGCGAGUGGGUGAUGCAAUUGCGGAAGGUAUGCAAAAGGGCAGCAUGACCGAUUUGCAUCGCCAGGCAAUGCGGCGAAUGCAGGCUUCCGCCAACCGAAAAUUGUAG